AUGUCAGACCAAUCACCAGCCUUGAGGUCUAAUGCCACUGCUGCGACCCUUGGUACACUCCCUUCAGAGAUCCUACAGCAGAUCUUCUACGCCAGCACAACGCCGACCUUCUUCCAGCUCCUCCAAAUCAACCGCCGAUUCUUUCAACUGGCAUCGCAAAGUCGAGAAAUCAUCCUCCACCACCUCCGCGAAGUUCCUGGCCUCAAGUUGGGCUUGGAGCACCAUUCCGUCCCCACAGAUCACCUGUUCCUCAUCUUCCGGCAACGCGCCGCCUCACACCUCUAUGGCGUCAACUUCACCGCGGAUUGUCGGAGCUGGGUGCCGCCGCCCUCCAGCCAUAGCGGCGCGAGGGACACCAUCGAUCCCCGGGCGUCAUGCCUCGGCGUCGAGAGCGAGUGGGGGAACAACGUGUGUUUAGUCCUGAAGAACAGCCAUCGAGUCCGGAUGAACUGGCACCACGACUUGCCGGGGGAGAUGAUCGAGUCGCCUUACGCAGAUGGCCGGGCGAAAAUCAUCCAGGUCGUACAGAAGAGCCACUACAUCACCGUCUUGUAUGCUUGGACUCCACCUGAUGAGGAUCCCGCUAAUGACACGUCCCAUCCCGAGCCGACGACGACGUUCAAGGCCUCUGUGAAAGAGGUGCUCGAAGACCGCACGGCCACACAUCGGUCUUCCAAGUAUGGCCGGCCUUCGUCGUCCAAACAUAAACAAUCCAAAGCUUCCUCCUCUCUUGCUCGUGUCCACUACCACCUCCUCCACUAUGACAUGUUCAGGAACGACCGUCCGCUCUUCUUCCCUAUCCCGACACACAAGUCCAUAGAUGACAACACCCUGGUCCCCGUCCAUCUCGCGGUCCAUAACCGUCUGACUUGUGCCAUUCUGUGGGAUCUCCCAGACACCAUGACUCCUUCGGAGGAUGUUACAGUCUGUCUCUACACAGCCGACCACCUUCCGCGGGGCGAGGCGGGCGAAUACAACGUCUGGGUUCUGUAUCCUUAUGACCGUCCAACGGCGAUCUAUCGGUCGUCGCGGUCGGGCGAUCGAAUAGUCGACUCUGCGAGGGGGAACUCAGACGACAACGACGUUGAUGGGAGUGGAAUCGCCUACACUGUCACCUCCGUGCACCAAAUGCAGAACCGCUACGGCUUCGAAUACGACCUCGGGCAGGAUUUGCGUCUCGUGAACUUGCCCCAGCGACCGCGCGCCCUCGCAUUCUUCCACGACGGCCGGCGCCUGUCUCUUUAUGCCCCUGGGUCGGUCGUGCCAUUCACGACCCUAUUAGCCAACGACCGCACCCGCCGCCGCAUUUUCAACCCCAUGUCGUCUCACCCCAUCUAUCCGUCGACCAUACACGCAUUCAACAGGCUGUGUAGAAGCGUUCGUCACACAAGCACCACGUCCAUCUUCGGCACACACUUCGCGCUCGGCUUGCCGUUCUUCAGUGCGCACGAAACUACCGCCUACCCAUGCAACGCGGAGCCACAGGACCUCUUGAUGCGCGACGGGGAAUGUGUGAAUCACAUGCUGUGCCUGGGCACGGCGAAUCUCCCGACGUUCUCGAGGUUCACUCAAAAUGGUGUCGUCGUCAGGGAGAUCGGCCCGCAGGUGCUCACGAUUGUGCAGAUCCGCAGGCGUGUCAACUACAAUCUCUGUCCACAUACGAGAUCCACAGAUCAUUUGCCUCGUUUGCCCCGACCACCACGAAGGUACCGGGAGAGUCGACAUUUGAAUCAUCACCUCUAUCCCGAUGCCGAACCCCAUUCCGACAUCACCGUGGGCCCGCCGGAGUACGAAGACGAUGAUGACGGCGACGACGACGUCGGCAAUGUGGAUCUCGACUUUGACCCUGAAGGGAACGCUUGGGUCGCCUCCGACCCAGAGGCCGAGAAUUUGCAUGGAACAGAUCUGCGCGUCGCAGCGAGAUUGUGGGGAUGGGCGCCUCAACGCACCACGCUGACAGGACUCGAUACCAUAAGCAUAUCGCCCAGAGGGGAGCGCAUCGCCGUCGCACAAUGGGAUCGAGUGCUUGUUUAUGCGUUGGACCCGCGGGCGCUUUGCGACGAGGCGUGGGACGAGGACAGCGAUAGUGACAUCGCCAUCAGCGAAGGGGAAAGCAGCCCGGAGAGCAGCAGCGAAAGUGAGAAUGACGAUCACGACGACCAUGUAGUUCAGCAUGCCCCCCCAAUCCCCGAGCAUUCACCGCCCGUUUCAAAUCCUGCCCCGAUCCCUUCAGCCUCAGCACCACCGAAAGCAGCGUCUUUCACCUCAAGCACAUCUACCUUGCUCUCAUUCGCAGACUUAUUGUACUUCUAUCCGCACACUAACGACGGCUGGCCUCUUGAACGGAUCGUCGAGCUCCGUCCGAUCGUGUUGAAGAUGGAUGGUGGUGCGGUGGUACGAAAGAUGAGCUGGGCGUUAGGGAAGCCAGUCCGGAUGGACGACGAGGAGGCCAAUGAUGCGGGAGAAAUCUCUGGGAAAUGGGAAGCGGCGGAAGGAGCAGCGGAUGAAAUGGAAGGCAUCAUGAUGGUCAAGGAAACUGAAAACGAGCAUGACGCUGGGAAUGUAGCGAGCACCGACGACACAGCACGGCUGAAUUCGCAACGACCAAAUGCUGAAGGUGGGCGUUCUGACAACAGUAGAGCAUCAGCAGAUGUGGAGAAUUUCCAUCCAUGCGACCGACAGCAGCCCCCCGAAUCACUGCAGUGCCACAGCCAACCACUACCGAAAUCGGAUUUGCAGACUGAUGCGUUUUCAAAGAAUACAUGCACCGCAGUCCCAGAGGUGGAGAUGAGUACUAUCUUCCAUGAAAUACCACCAGCACCCUUUUCGGAUACCAAAUUGAUCGGACAGAUCAAAUAUAUUGCGCGUCCUACUGACCACCACAGUUCCACAAACAAAGUCGCCCUCGAGUCUCCUGAAUCGACACCUUCACGUCCAGCAGUGCUUGACCCAGUCAAAGGCAAAGAAAUUGAGAUGAUGGAGGCUUCAGCUGAAGGAAGAAGAGACGAGACCCAUGAUACGACAACAGAUCAUGAGCAUGGAGCGUCUCCGGUUGCGGAGCCGUCCGAAUCAGGAGAGUCGGAGCCGUGGUACAAGCGCAAAGGAAAUCCACGGACGAGGGUUGCUGAGAAUGAGUUAACCGUACUGACGGACAGAGGGUUACAAGUCUGGGAUCUGAGUGUCUGGGGAAGAGGCAGGCGGAUCCGGUGCGAGCUUCCAUGCGACGAUAUUCUGUAUUAG